AUGCAGAAGAUUAAUGGUCGAGACACAGCUGCAUGUGCAUCGUGUAAACAUCAACGAAAAAAGUGUGCAAACACAUGUAUAUUAGCACCUUAUUUCCCAGCAGAGAAAAGCCGAGAAUUUCAAGCAGUACACAAGAUAUUUGGUGUCAGUAACGUCGCAAAACUAAUAAAAACUCUCAUAGAAGAAGAUCGGAAAAAAGCCGCGGAUUCGCUUGUUUGGGAAGCGUUCUGUAGGCAGAAAAAUCCUGUGCUCGGUUCAUAUGGAGAGUAUAGAAGAGUUGUUGAGGAACUCAAGUUGUAUAAAAGCCAAUACCAGCAAAUUCUUCAAAUUCCAACCCAAGGGGCAACUCAUGAUAUGAUGUACAAUGCAGCACAAGGGUUGAAUAAUGGAUAUAAUAAGAAAGCCAAUUCUAUGAUGGAGUCUUGGCUGUGUAGCAAUAACAUCCAUUUACAACAUGUCCAAAAUAAUAUGGAGAAAUUAACAAGUGAUUGUAAUGGUUCCACUAUUAUUGUGCCACAACAAGCAAUUGAUGGUUUUACUAACCACUAUUAUCUUACUGCAGGCAAUUGUAACCCAAUUGAUGUCAAGCGAAUGGAAAACUCAUCGUGGGAGGCUAGCUCAUGA